AUGGGAUCAGGUUCUUCACCUUGUGCUUGUUGCAAAUUAUUGAGAAGGCGUUGCACACAAGAAUGUAUCUUUGCUCCUUAUUUUCCUUCUGAUGACCUACGCAAGUUUGCCAUUGUUCAUAAGGUUUUCGGUGCUAGCAAUGUCACCAAAAUGCUCCAGGAGCUUCCGAUUGAUCAAAGAGCAGAAACAGUGAACAGUUUAGUUUAUGAAGCCAAUGCAAGAGUGAGAGAUCCUGUAUAUGGAUGUGUUGGAGCCAUAUCAUAUCUUCAAACACAAGUUUCACAAUUACAAAUGCAACUUGCAAUGGCUCAAGCAGAGAUUCUUUGCAUUCAGAUGCAGCAAGACUCAACUACGGUUACCAACACAUUACCAGCAUGUAAUGACCAAGAUGAGAGAUUGAUGCUCCUAUCUGAAAACAGUAAUUGCCAUGGAGAUCUUUCACAGUAUAUUAACUUUGCAUCUUCAUCUUCUUCCUCAUCUUCCAAUGUAUUCCAAGACUUUGAGCCUCUCAAAAGAGAGUCUUUUUGGGCUUGA